UAUUAAUACACUGCAGUAUCCUCCUCCAGCACUUCAGGGAAAUAAAAGGCACAUACAAAUAUUGAAUGAUGUACAAAAGACAAUUCAGAAGGAGUAAAUGAGUAAAUCAUCAGUAUUUGUGUCUUAUUGGCCUAUUCCCCUCUGUAUAUACUGGCAUGAAUCUCCCUUUCUUGUUUUUGUCCACUGUAAAGUAUAUAUAUAUAUAUACAGUAGUAUUUUAGUGAAUGAGUAAAGUUAUGAAGAAGAGUGUCAAAAUACAGUCAUGCACUUGUAACAAGCCUGACCUUGUUUGGCAUGGUUCUGAAUCUUCACCAUGCACAGGGAAACCUUGGGAUCAGGACCCCUGGAGUUCAGAGACAUUCUGCCAGAGGACCCCAAGUCCUAUGACAAGAUGCAACCCCCGAAGGAGAAUGGAGCGGCGACCCAGGUUUACUUCCAUGUGACAGUCAUGAGCCUGGAUUCCAUUGAUGAGGGCUCCAUGACAUACGCGGCAGAUAUUUUCUUUGCCCAGAGCUGGAAAGAUUACAGACUCCGACUGCCAGACGGCAACAUGAGCUCCUGCAAUUCCACUUCCGGAUACAGACUGCUCCCCGUCACGUGGCUCGAUGGCAUCUGGAGACCGGAUUCCUUCUUCAAAAACGCCAAGAAAGUCACUUUCCAGGAGAUGACCAUUCCCAACCAUUACAUCUGGCUGCACGCUGACAAGACCAUCUUGUAUAUGGUGAAGUGGGUGCAAUUCGGGCCUGCCUGGCCCCCAAGCAUCAUUAAGGCGGGUUCAUAUCUUUUUGUCUCCGUUUAUUCAGGCUCACACUUGUCCUGUCCUGCGCCAUGA